AUGCUCUCCACUCUGCGCGUUGCCAGCCGCUCGGCUGCGGCCCGCGAAGCUAACAUGCGCACCAUUGUCAUCGGUGCUAGACAGGCCUCGGCUUGGUCCAAGGUUCCCCAGGGCCCUCCCGAUGCGAUUCUCGGCAUCACUGAGGCUUUCAAGGCCGACUCUUUCAAAGAGAAGAUCAACCUGGGUGUUGGCGCCUACCGUGACGAUGCGGGCAAGCCCUACGUUCUGCCCUCCGUCCGCACCGCCGAGGACAAGGUCGUGGCCUCGCGCAGCGACAAGGAAUACGCUGGCAUCACCGGUAUCCCUGCCUUCACCAAGGCCGCCGCUGAGCUCGCCUAUGGUGCCGACUCCGCUGUUCUGAAGGAGGACCGUCUCGUCAUCACCCAGACCAUCUCUGGAACUGGUGCCCUGAGAAUUGGUGGAGCUUUCCUUGAGCGCUUCUACCCCAACGCGAAGAAGAUCUACCUUCCCAACCCCAGCUGGGCCAACCACAACGCCGUUUUCAAGGACUCCGGCCUUGAGGUCGAGAAGUACCGCUACUACAACAAGGAUACAAUCGGCCUGGACUUCGAGGGUCUGAUUGCCGACAUCAAGGCUGCUCCCGAGAACAGCAUCAUUCUGCUGCACGCUUGUGCCCACAACCCUACCGGUGUUGAUCCCACACAUGACCAGUGGCGUCAGAUCAGCGAUGUCAUGAAGCAGAAGGGCCACUUCGCCUUCUUCGACAUGGCCUACCAGGGCUUCGCCAGUGGUAACGCUGACCAGGAUGCCUUUGCGCCCCGUCACUUCGUCAAGGAGGGCCACAACAUUGCUCUGUGCCAGUCCUUUGCCAAGAACAUGGGUCUCUACGGAGAGCGUGUCGGUGCCUUCUCUCUCGUUUGCGAGAGCAACGAGGAGAAGAAGCGUGUCGAGUCUCAGAUCAAGAUUCUCAUCCGUCCCUUCUACUCCAACCCUCCCAUCCACGGCGCCCGCGUUGCCUCGACCAUCAUGAACGACCCCGCUUUGAACGAGCAGUGGCUCGGUGAGGUCAAGGGCAUGGCCGACCGCAUCAUCGAGAUGCGCUCUCUUCUGCGCAAGAACCUCGAGUCUCUCGGCAGCAAGCACGAUUGGUCCCACAUCACCAGCCAGAUUGGCAUGUUCGCCUUCACCGGUCUGAAGCCCGAGCAGAUGGAGGCUCUUGCUAAGGAGCACUCCGUCUACGCUACCAAGGACGGCCGUAUCUCCGUCGCUGGUAUCACCUCCGGCAACGUGAAGCGCCUGGCGGAGGCCAUCUUCAAGGUCACUGGUUAA